GGCAAUACACACAAGGCAUUAUUGUUCAUUAGUUCUUGAACAGAUUCACACGGCCGAUACGACCUUCUGAAAUUAAUCACUAAUAACUUUUUGCUGGAUAUUCAGUAUGUAUUAUCUGUAGUAUCCAAGUAUCUAAGUGAGUAGGUACAGAUAACCUAUGAACUUUAUUAUAAUAAUAAUAACUAAGUAUAUAGGCUACCGACUACGAGUGUUUAUUGGUGUUGUUUGUUCUUUUUGUAGCUGAAGGAACAUUAUAGUAGGUAUUUUCUUUCAGAAAUGAAAAUCUACCUGAUAAUAUUCUUCUUCAAUCUAGCAAAUGGUGAUAUUAGAAACCACAUGUGGUCAAAUAGGUCCACCAUAGUCCAUCUGUUUGAAUGGAAAUGGAAAGAUAUUGCUGAUGAAUGCGAAAGAUUCCUUGCCCCUAAAGGAUUUGGUGGAGUGCAGAUAUCACCGCCAUCAGAAAACGUGAUCAUCCUCAUAGGAGAGGGACGAAGACCAUGGUACGAAAGAUACCAGGUCAUGUCAUACAAGUUGACCACACGCUCUGGUAAUCGUACUGAGUUUCUAGACAUGACGCGGAGAUGCAAUAGCGUUGGUGUAAGGAUUUACGCAGAUGUAGUCGUCAACCACAUGACAGGUUCUCACCCUAGCAAUAAAGGAACUGGAGGCAGUACGGCUGACUUCAACAACUAUUACUACCCUGCUGUGCCUUACAAUGCAUCACACUUCAACUAUCCCUACUGUGUGAUAAAUAACUACUAUAAUGCUAGAGAGGUCCGGAAUUGUCAAUUGCUCGGAUUAAAGGAUUUAAACCAAACUGAAGAGUACGUGCGAAAUAAAAUAGUCCGAUAUUUCAAUAAGCUCAUCAAGCUCGGCGUGGCUGGAUUCAGAGUAGACGCCGCCAAACACAUGUGGCCGAGUGAUCUCAAAGAGAUUUAUAAAAGGCUCGACAAUCUCAACCCCGCGUUCGGAUUUGCCGCAGACGCGAGGCCCUAUAUCUACCAGGAGGUGAUUUAUUACGGCAAUGAGCCCAUCCGUCCCGACGAGUACACGCCCCUGGGAGACGUCACUGAAUUUAGGGUUGGUAUAGAAUUAAAGAACGUGUUCAGAGGUCAGAACGCAAUGAAGUGGCUGAAAUCUUGGGGCCCACAGUGGGGUCUGUCUCCAAGCGAGACUGCGCUGGUCUUCAUCGAUAAUCACGACACGCAAAGAAGCAACGAUGUCUUGACUUAUAAAGAAGCUCGCGCUUAUAAGGCAGCCAUAGCCUUUAUGCUAGCACAUCCAUAUGGCAACCCUCGACUGAUGAGCAGCUAUUACUUUGCUAGUAGUGAUCAAGGCCCACCAAGUGAUGACAGCGAGAACAUUGUAUCACCGAGUAUUAACGAUGAUGAUACAUGUGGCAAUGGCUGGGCAUGCGAGCAUCGCUGGCGUCAGAUCUAUCAGAUGGUAGCAUUCAGGAACGCAGUGGACAAGACUGACAUACAAAACUGGUGGGAUAACGGCAACAAGCAAAUUGCCUUCGGUAGGGGCGACAGGGGAUUUGUCGUGAUUAAUGGAGACGGAGCCGACUUGAAUCAAACGUUACAGACUAGUUUACCAACUGGUAAAUACUGCGAUGUCGUCUCAGGCAAGAAAGUUGGAAAUCGAUGUUCGGGGAGAAAAAUAGCUGUCGAUAUGAACUCUAGAGCUCAUUUCUUUGUAUCUCAAAAUGCUGAAGAUAUGCAUUUGGCUAUACAUGUUGGACCAGAGUCGAGACUAUUAUAGGAUACGUGAAAUUAAAAACGAAACAGCAGCACAAGCUUCUAAAGAAGAAAAGCCAACAAUAAUUAAAGUUGAUGUACCUAAUUAUAAAACCGCUUUUAA